CAAUUGAGAAAUCAAAACCGAUCUUUAUGUUCGACAGGUUUCAUCUUGAAAUGAUUUUGCAAAUAUGAAAAAUAUUUAAAAUAAAUAAUAAACUUCUCAAUUUGCGGCAGAAUGGAAAUUCAAUGACUUAAACUCACCAUUUUUGUUGUCUGUGGUAAUUUAAUCCAAAUAUAUCCAAGAAUACAAAAAACUUCUUUGGUUCAGCUCCAGUUGAUAUUUAUUCCCGAAGUGAAGCAAAUGCUUAUAUGAUCUCUCUCGAGAUGGUUAACCAAAUUCAAUUUUCUAGAUCUAUUAGUGCCGCGCCAAUUGUUGUUGUUGUUUUUUGCUUUAUCUUGACUUUGCCUUUUCUUCUUUCUCUCUUUUCGGUGUUGAAUUUCCUAUGCUUCAACUAUAACCACAAACUUCCACUGUGUUUAUUGAUUAUAAGAAUAAAGUUUUGUAGGAAAUCAUUAUUUAAUCUUUUUUAUUUCGCUUCUUUCUAUUCGUCUUAUUUCAUUCAAUCGAAUCACUUCACUUGCUUCUUAAUUUUUGCCAGAAAUCGAUUUUUCAAAGCUGAUGAUUUCGUGUGUAAGAACUACAAUUAUUCUGGCUUAAUCAUGAACAAUAAAAGAAACCUAUUUUUCUUAAGAAUCUUCUCAAUAUUAAUUCCACUCCAUCAAUGUAAAUGGAAUCUUAAUGAGGGCUCACCCAACAAUGAAAGUCUUGUUUGUAAUGCUCAAAAAUAAUCACAUCGAGUUUUCCAAAAAAAGAUUCAAGUUUAAUUCGUGUAAUGAAUGAAUUACUUCACUUCUUAAGAUUUUCUUGUCUUCACUCGCGAAAUCAACGGCUUUCGUGUUAAGAAUUGCUUCGUUUUCGCGUUUUUCUUACAAUUCACAAAUUAUAACUUUUCAUAAAUCCAUUAAAACUUUUAAUCAGUAACAUAAAACCUCUUUCGAUGCUCCUUGAUCUUUCGGCUUGCUUUCAGUCUUUCUUCAGCAUCACUUCAACGUAGAUAUCU